AUGGCUGUACAGGCCCAGUCGGCACCAGACCGAGGCGGAGCGAUCCCGCCAGACGUAUUCUCUCGACUCUCAGUCGACUCGCGCGAGUGUCUCCAGCGCCUCUUGGCCCACCCGGAGCCAGCCAUGCCAGAUUUCGGCCUCGUCAAGCAAGCUGCUGUGCUUAUUGGGCUGUUUGAGCGGCCGGGAAUGGAGCUCGAGGUUUUACUGACCACUCGGGCGAAGACAAUGAGGCGCCAACCUUCACAGACCGCCUUGCCUGGAGGUAGAGUGGACCUCGAAGACGAAUCGGUCUAUCAUACAGCCCGAAGAGAAGCGUCCGAAGAAGUGGAUCUACCGCUGGACAGUCAGCAUGUGCACUACCUCACGACUCUCGAACCAGUAAUCACCGUCCUCCCCCUUGGCGCCCAUCAUCGAAACCAUAUCGUUGUCAUCCCCGUCGUCGUCUUCAUAUCAGAUCCUACCAUUCUAGAUGGUCUGACCCGGAAUCCCGAUGAAGUCGACUUCAUCUUCUCCCAUCCGCUGCGGGGUGUGCUCGACGGUUUCCCCUCGGAGCAGUACCGGGCAGGACUGGAGCGCAUAGGCGGAGAGUGGUGGCCGCAUGAGGAAGAGUUUCAUUCCAUAUCGGACCGACUUGGAGUAACAGGUCCACAUAGGAUGCACCGCUUCAGAACUUCCAAGUCACCCAUCAAGGGCCUUACCUCCGACAUCCUCAUCCAGGCGGCAACAGUAGCGUACGGUCGUCCGCCGACAUACGAUAUCUACGCCAAGGAUCAAGAGCCAUUCACAGCUAUUCUGUCCACUGUAGUUGCGGAGUUGCCGGGGAUACUGGAGCAGGAUGAGAAGGAUAGGCUAGCGGGCAGGGUGCAGGAGAAGGGAGAGAAGAAGGUCGAGUGGGGAGCUAUCGAUGGGGGACCGGGAGUAAGGAGUGCGGAGAGCUGGAGCGCUGCUUGA